UGUCUGCAGAGUAUGAAGGACACUGCCCGGAGAGGGAGGAGGGUUAUAUUUAGUGUUUGGGCCCAGUCAGUGUUGGGCUACCCACUGUCUCUCCUCUGCGGAACUGUCAGGGGUCCCUGGUUGCAAGUUUUCCGUGGCUUUGAAGCCCACAAAACAAAAACUGAGAGAGUGUCCAAAAAGAAAAGAAGAAAACGUUGUUGGUCCCUGGAUUCCACUAUUGGAUUUUGGUGGGGAUGAGAAGAGAGGACCACCGGGUGUGAUCAAGCAAAGGCACCUGCACGCCCUUAAAGAAUGCGUUCCAGAAGCAGUAACACAGAGGGCUCAGCCGAAAAGCAAUUUCCAAGACAUAGUAAAGACCACAAUUUCCAAGAGCCUGAGGACAUGAAGCAGAGACAGCAAAACAAAGACCCCACCAGUGAGUCGGAUGCAAUCCUUCCAUAUCCUAAGUCACACAGUGGUAAUGGCCACCAAGGAGAAGACCUCUCAAGAGAUGACCUAUUAUUUCUUCUCAGCAUUCUGGAGGGAGAACUGCAGGCUCGAGAUGAAGUCAUAUGCAUUUUAAAGGCUGAAAAAAUGGACUUGGCUUUGCUGGAAGCUCAGUAUGGGUUUGUCACUCCAAAAAAGGUGCUAGAAGCUCUCCAGCGAGAUGCUUUUCAAGCAAAAUCUGCCCCUUGGCAGGAGGACAUCUAUGAGAAACCAAUGAAUGAGUUGGACAAAGUUGUGGAAAAACAUAAACAAUCUCACAGACGAAUCCUGGAACAGCUUUUAAUGGUAGAAAAAUCUCACAGGCAAACCAUAUUAGAGUUGGAGGAAGAAAAGAGAAAACAUAAAGAAUACAUGGAGAAGAGUGAUGAAUUCAUAAGCUUACUAGAACAGGAAUGUGAAAGAUUAAAAAGGUUGAUUGACCAAGAAAGUCAGUCCCAGGAGAAGAAGGAGCAAGAAAAAGAGAAGAGGGUCACUGCCUUGAAAGAGGAGCUGACCAAACUGAAGUCUUUUGCUUUGAUGGUGGUGGACGAACAACAAAGGCUGACGGCACAGCUUGCCCUUCAAAGACAGAAAAUCCAAGACCUAACCACAAGUACAAAGGAAACACAUGCUAAACUAGCCCUUGCUGAAGCCAGAGUUCAGGAAGAAGAGCAGAAGGCAACCAGACUAGAGAACGAACUGCAAACACAGACCACAAAGUUUCACCAGAACCAAGAAACAAUUAUGGCAAAGCUCACCAAUGAGGACAGCCAAAAUCGCCAGCUUCGACAAAAGCUGGCAGCACUCAGCCGGCAAAUUGAUGAGUUAGAAGAGACAAACAGGUCUUUACGAAAAGCAGAAGAGGAGCUGCAAGAUAUAAAAGAAAAGAUUAACAAAGGAGAAUAUGGAAACUCCAGUAUCAUGGCUGAGGUGGAGGAGCUCAGGAAACGUGUGCUCGAAAUGGAAGGGAAGGAUGAAGAGCUCAUAAAAAUGGAGGAGCAGUGCAGAGAUCUCAAUAAGAGGCUAGAAAAGGAAACAUCACAGAGUAAAGACUUUAAACUCGAGGUUGAAAAACUCAAUAAAAGGAUUAUGGCUCUGGAAAAAUUAGAAGAUGCUUUCAACAAAAGCAAACAAGAAUGUUACUCUCUGAAAUGUAAUUUAGAAAAAGAAAGAAUGAUCACAAAGCAGUUGUCUCAGGAACUGGAGAGUUUAAAGAUAAGGAUCAAAGAGCUAGAAGCCAUUGAAAGUCGGCUGGAAAAGACAGAAUUCACCUUAAAAGAGGAUUUAACUAAAUUGAAAACAUUAACGGUGAUGCUGGUAGAUGAACGGAAAACAAUGAGUGAAAAAUUAAAGCAAACUGAAGAUAAGUUACAAGUUGCUGCUUCUCAGCUUCAAGUAGAGCAAAAUAAAGUGACAACGGUUACUGAGAAGUUAAUUGAGGAAACUAAAAGGGCACUGAAGUCCAAAACGGAUGUGGAAGAAAAAAUGUACAGUGUAACGAAAGAGAGAGAUGAUCUAAAAAACAAACUGAAAGCAGAAGAAGAGAAAGGAAAUGAUCUCCUGUCCAAAGUUAACUUGUUGAAAAACAGGCUUCAAUCAUUGGAAGCAAUUGAGAAAGAUUUCCUAAAAAACAAAUUAAAUCAAGAUUCUGGUAAGUCCACAACAGCGUUACACCAAGAGAACAAUAAGAUUAAAGAGCUCUCUCAAGAAGUGGAAAGACUGAAACUGAAGUUAAAGGAUAUGAAAGCCAUUGAGGAUGACCUCAUGAAAACUGAAGAUGAGUAUGAGACUCUAGAACGAAGGUAUGCUAAUGAACGAGACAAAGCUCAAUUUUUACUUGAAGAGCUGGAACAUGUUAAAAUGGAACUUGCCAAGUACAAAUUAGCAGAAAAGACAGAGUCCAGCCAUGAACAAUGGCUUUUCAAAAGGCUUCAGGAAGAAGAAGCUAAAUCAGGUCACCUCUCAAGAGAAGUGGAUGCACUGAAAGAGAAAAUUCAUGAAUACAUGGCAACUGAGGACCUGAUAUGUCACCUCCAGGGAGAUCAUUCAGUUCUGCAAAAGAAACUCAAUCAACAAGAAAACAGGAACAGAGAUUUAGGAAGAGAGAUUGAAAACCUCACUAAAGAGUUAGAGCGGUAUCGUCAUUUCAGUAAGAGCCUCCGGCCCAGUCUCAAUGGAAGAAGAAUCUCUGACCCUCAAGUAUUUUCUAAAGAAGUUCAAACAGAAGCAGUAGACAAUGAGCCACCUGAUUACAAGAGUCUCAUUCCUCUGGAACGCGCAGUCAUCAAUGGUCAGUUAUAUGAAGAGAGUGAAGACCAGGAUGAGGACCCUAAUGAUGAGGAGUCCGUGCUGUCCUUCAAAUGCAACUCAUCUACUCCCUGUCCUGUUAACAGGAAGCUAUGGAUUCCUUGGAUGAAGUCCAAGGAGGGCCAUCCUCAGAAUGGAAAAAUACAAACUAAAACCAAUGGCAACUUCGUGCAACCUGGAGAUCUAGUCCUAAGCCAUACACCUGGGCAGCCACUUCAUAUAAAAGUUACUCCAGACCACGUCCAAAACACAGCCACUCUUGAAAUCACAAGUCCGACCACAGAGAGUCCUCACUCCUACACAAGCACUGCAGUGAUACCAAACUGUGGCACCCCAAAGCAAAGGAUAACUAUUCUCCAAAAUGCCUCCAUAACGCCAGUGAAAUCAAAAACCUCUGCUGAAGGCCUUAUGAAUUUAGAGCAAGGCAUGUCCCCAAUUACCAUGGCAACUUUUGCCAGGGCGCAGACCCCAGAGUCUUGUGGUUCCAUAACUCCAGAAAGGACAAUGUCACCUAUUCAGGUUUUGGCUGUUACUGGUUCAGCUAGCUCCCCUGAGCAGGGACGUUCUCCAGAGCCAAUAGAAAUCAGUGCCAAGCAUGCGAUUUUCAGAGUCUCCCCUGACCGGCAGUCAUCAUGGCAGUUUCAACGUUCAAACAGUAACAGUUCAAGUGUGAUAACUACUGAGGAUAAUAAAAUCCACAUUCACUUAGGAAGUCCUUACAUGCAAGCUGUAGCUAGCCCCGUGAGACCUGCCAGCCCUUCAACACCACUGCAGGAUAACCGAACUCAAGGCUUAACAAAUGGGGCACUAAACAAAACAACCAAUAAAGUCACCAGCAGUAUCACUAUCACACCAACAGCCACACCUCUUCCUCGACAAUCACAAAUUACAAUCAAGGAGGUAUGCAAGCAGAGAAUCCCAACAAGGAUCCCUAAACCAAAAUCUACUGGCAUCACUAAGCUUUCCCCUAAAGCUCCCCCAGGGGCUAUGGAUAAGACUGGCUGUGGGAAGCUACACAUUAUAAGAACUGUCACCUCUAAUACUUUCCUCCACAUGGGAGGGAAAAGGUAAGUCAUGUAAAUGCACUGCCUGGAUACAUUCACCUACAGAAAUAUCUGGAAAGCUGGAGUUACUAGAAUGGAAGGACAAAGAUGAAGGGCCAUCUCUCCAGGAAAUGGUGAAGCAGCAAACUAGACAGAUGGUUCAUUCACAGGUUGCUGGAUCUGGUGAAUAACAUCCUGAAAGAACAGCACAUCUGCAAUUAUUUUACCUAUAUGUGUAUAUGCAUAUACACACAAUCACAGGCCCACACAAAAACACAAAUCCUCCCAACUCCUCAUCCUACUUGUAAUCCAAACCGAAGUUGGACUAGCUAUCAUUAGCCUGGAAUAGGACUGAAUUCAUUAGAACAGUUCGAAAGUUUUCCGGUGAGCCCAAAAGUAAUUCUUCAUGUCACGGAACUCUGCUAAGAAGCUGUGGUAUCAAGAAUUCCUAAUCUGCUUCAAGAAAGAUUAUUUCCAUCAAAAUGGCAGGACAAUUAAAAUCAUACUUUAAGUUCUAAAAAUAUGACUUCUUUAUGACCAGGAGUACUUCUUAGUCACAAGGAGGAAAGGAACAAAAAAAUGAGUAACAGCUAAACACAUCCUUUGUAUGGCCUACUUGAUAAUCGCUGGUGUAGCGUGCAUACUUGGCUGCUGGCACUUAGUCCUCUGUCCCACUUUCCCUAGCAAGUUGCCCCUCCUAUAUAUACCAGGCCAUGGAAUCUCAUUGCUAGGCUUGUAAAGCAAACCAUUUUAGAUAGUAUCACUGCUUUCUAUAGUAAUCAGGACAUCUGAGAGUCAAAGGUCACUAACACUGAGAUCUUUUAGGAAGAUAUGAAUUACUCUCUUGGAUAUUUAAAAAAAAAGACAAUUUAUCAUCUCAAAGAACAUUCUUUAAUCACAUCUGAAUCAACACUAUAGAGAAAUCAGUUGAUUCAAAAGAAGUUUGGGAUCAGGAGACUCAAAUUCCAAUUCUAGUUUUUCACUCAUUUGACACUGAGCUUGGCAUUCAUUAGUCUAGGCCUUGAAUUUCUAGUAUAUAAAACAGAAAAGCUGAAUAAUUCUUCAGGUCCCCUCCAGUUCUCAUCAUCCAUGAGUAUGUUCAAUUACGAAACCAAAUUCAACCUGUCAUCUACAAGGCACGGCUCAGGUCCCUGGCAGUAAACUAAAGUAGUUCUUUUCUUCACACUAAAAACUCACUGAAUCAAGAGAAAGGUGUGUCUGUAAUUUAGUACGGACACAAUGAUAUUUUAAGACAAAUAAGGCAUUUUUGACAUGGGAGACAGUUAUACCUCACAAAGCUUCAGUCAGAAAAAAUACAUUCUACAAAAAGCCUGACCAAAAAAAAAAAAAGAGCAUGACCCAAGGUUUUCUGUGAUUCUGCACCAAGAACUGGAUGCAUAAUCCUGGAAGAACUCCUCCUGGUUAAGGACAGUGCUUUAGCUGGCUAUCCUGGGAUGGAGUCAGCAGAGCAGGAGCAAAGGGAACUGCCAUUCUCCACAUUCAUCCAGCCAAGCCCGCUUCAAUGCACUAAUGUCACUAUACAAAUGUCCCUGGGGCCCACUUCAAUUUCAAGGAGGAGGAGAAGGAGCUGGAAGCCCAGGUAGCGCUGAGCUAUGCAAGCCAAAGAGAGGGAUGAUGUGUAGCAGUCAGCCAGCUAGUGGCAUAGCGGGAAGGUGGGGAGGUUGGCUAAAUUAAAAACACAAAAUGGAAAAGUCCAAGUUAAAGGAAAGCAGUAAGAGAAUAAUGGAAGGAGUGGACUACAAAAGAAGAUGAUGACCCUCUGACAUGAAAAUAAUAUAAGAGAGACAGUUCAGAAGGAAGUUCAGGGCAGUAAAAGGUGGAUGGUGCAGUGGGAAAAUGUGUAGGGGGCUUAGGGCUGUGCCUCACAUUAGCAGGUGAUACUCAGCAAACAGAGAAUGAGUGAAUGAGGGUGAGAAGGGCCAUUCAGUCAAGAUGUAAGUGAGAAAAUGAGCUAAGAGAUGGCAAUGGUAUAUGAUACGGUCAGGAAAAGCAGUUAAGUUCAAGAGCAAGAUAAAAGAGACAAGACAUUGUAUAAAGAACUAAAAUAAAGGACAGGAAAAUAGUGACAUUUCUAUGGCAAGCAGCAGAAACCCAUCUUUAAAUGGUAAUACAACUCUAAUCCCAUUAAGACCAAAGUCUUUAAGAUAACAAAAUCUAUUCUAACAAAAACCAUACUUAUUUUAAAGCAAUAUGUAAUGCAAUAAAAAUGCAUAAACAACUUAGAAUUGGGAUAAGUUCAACAAAAUUGUGUUUGACCCAUAACAAAACCAAAAUAUAAAGAAUUCUGCCUCCUGAGCAUAAUCCUGUUUCUGGAGAAAUAUGGUCCCUCCAAAGAUAAAAAUAAAAGAAACUAACCUAAUAAUUCUACAGUGAUUUUAUUAAGUUAAAUUUUUAAAAGGAAGCAGAUAAAAAUCCAAGUGAACAAAAACACAUUCAAACACAAAAAUUUUAAUAACCUGGUACUUGUAUGCUGGAAUCUUUCCUUAGCCCUUCAUUUAUUUAGCUCCAAUGAUUUCUGAACUAAUCUCUUUGUAACUUUCUAGAAUAAAGUAUCUGAUUUUAACAGGAAAGUGACUGAUCUAAUAUAUAACUGAUAAUUAUGAACUGAGUAAUGGAGUAACUCUUGUAAUGGAAUAAUUCUCUCUGGGACAUGUUCCAAAUUCCUGCUUUUGAGGACAUGUGAUAUAACACUUGGGGUCUGACACUGAGUCUGGGUCAGAGGUCUAUAAACUACAGCCCACAGGCCAAAUUCAGCCCACUGUCUUUGUGUAUGGUCCUGCAAGUAAAGAACAGUUUUUAAAUUAAAAAAACUUAAAAAAAAAAUAUUUUGUGAGAUGCGAAAAUCACAUGAAAUUCAAAUUUCAUUGCCUAUAGAUAAGGUUCUAUUGGAACAGAGCCACACUCAUUUGUUUACAUAUUUACUAUCUGAUCUUUUUUAUGCUACAAUAGCAGAGUUGAGUAGCUAAGACAUUGACUGGCCAACAAAGCCUAAAAUAUUUACUAACUGGACUUUUACAAAAAAAGUCUCCUGACCUCUGUCUAGUGUGAACUAGACUAACAAGGUACUCAAGAGCUUAAGAAGAGCUUAAUCAACCUAAUUUUUAAAAGCAAUGCUAGCAGUUUAAGAAUGCAAUUAAGAAUUCAAUGAAAGCUGAUUGAAAAUGGGGAAACUAUAUUUCAAGCUGUUUGUGAUAUAUCCAGUAAAAUGUAUACUAUGAAUGCACUGAAGUGUUCAACUAAAAACAUCAGAUAAGAACGGGUCAAAGGAUCUGUGCCACAAAAUAAGGUAAUGUGUUACUGAUGAAUCUGAGCAGGGAAAUGGAACUAUUUCUAGGCCUUCCAAAUUCCUGGUAUUUUUUAAGAUAGCAGAACUACUGUAAAUGUUAUUUAGAGAAAGAUGUGUAAAUCUGUGCCUUUAAACAUUCAUAAUUCUUGUCAAGAACCACUUGUUUACUCAUUUGCAAGAAUCAUAGAAAUUGUAUACAGUAAAAUAAAACUUGGUCUAUUUGUUACAUAGUCCUCAAGUACAGAACAAAAAUGCUGUUCCUCUCCCUCUCCUCUUUCCUUCCUCUCACCUUUUAAAUUUCAUCCUACCCGUUUUUUUGCCCUUAAACAUCUGUCUUAAAAUAAUAUCACUUGCAUUUUGACUGAACCAUAUCAAUGUAUAAAUACCAUAAGUAGACUGUUUUUUCCCUCUAACUUCAUAACACUGUCUAAAAGAGAGCCAAGCAUGA